AUGCUGCAUCCACGGACACCCCCACUUCUGAGGCUCCUCCUUCUGUUCCUCGUCCUCCCGCACACGCAGAGUCGCUGCUACUUCCAGGCCAGAGCGCUGUGCCGACACGCCGGGAAGAACUACGGAUUGGGAGAGUCCUGGCUGGGAAAGGACUGUCAGCUCUGCACAUGUCUGCACCCGGUGGGAGUGGGAUGCUGCGAGAUAACACAGCACCCCAUUGACUUCCCGUCGUGGUGUGAAGCUCGCUACGACCCGCAGACCUGUCACAUCUCCGUCGUUCAGAAAGCCAAUCCGAACCUUCCAUGUGUGCACAGCGCGGACUACGAAUGGGGCUCAGCCGGGACCCCGGAACCCACUUCAGGGCCCAUCUACCCCACCCACCUCGGCAGAUAGACUGCACCCCCCAUGUCUCCCCAUGUCUACCAGACCACUGUGACCGAUGUACCGCCUCCCC